AUGCCAACUAGUAAACUUGUCGCGAUACAUCCAUCAUUCGGGCAUCACGUCUACAAUCGCACUCGUCGACCACCGAAGUCGCGCUUUCUCACCAACAUCAAUCGUACCUCGCCUCGCCUCGCCGGGACGCGUCUCACAGCAACCAUGCCUGCCCCCCCCAUCCCCACGUCGACGUCCGUCGUCGAGAGCGCCGUCGUCAACGCCCCGCUCUCGGCCGUCUGGCACCUCAUCAAGCUGCACAAGUUUGCCGACUGGUGGUCUGCCCUCAAGAGCUCCGAGGAGGUCAAGGAUGUCAGCGACGAGACCGACGUCGUCAAGUGGACUUUCAAGGACGGCGCCGUGGUCGAGAUCAAGCAAGAGGCGCACAGCACCAUCGACCACUACAUUACUUAUAGCGCCAUCACCUCGUCUCCCGAGGUGUCCUAUAGCUCCAUCCUGAGCACGGUCCGCUGCUGGCCCGUGACCUCGGGCAAGUCUGCAAACGGCACCUUUGUGCAGUGGACCGCAAACUUUUCCGGCGACGCAGACGCCGGUGUUAUCCAGGAUGCCAGGUACAAGAGACAGGAGGGUCUGGCCGACCUGGCGCGUGCGGCCGAACGAUGAGCUCGUGCAGCUGCUGCUCUCAACACAUGAAUGAAGACCCAGAAAGGCCUAAAAAAAAAGAAUCGACUGUCGGAUAUGCGGUUUGGAAGGGAAAAUUCCAUGUGUAGGUAGACUGUGCGGAGGGAGGCUUCCGUAGUUGAUGUCAAUUCCAACCAUUCAUCCCGUUUAG